GACUAAAUAUAUUUAGAUAGUGGAGUAGGGUGGUGUUUUAUUUUUUUAGUGAGUGUAAUGUUAAAUGGUAGGGUAUUGUUUUUUAAGCAAAGAAUAAGGGAGUUAUACUCCAGUCUAGUAGGAGGCGGUAAUGCAACAUUUAUUGAAUGAAAACCGCCGUUAAACCUCAUGGAAGAAGACAAAGUGUAGAGGGAUUAACAUGGCGUCUAUGGUUGCUGUGUUGAUCGGGGCCGUGGAUGAGAAAAACAAUAUACUGAACAGGAAGAUAAAUACGGUCUAGGUCAAUUUUCAGCUAAAAACCUGCAUAUUACAGUUUUCGUUGGACUAGCUGCCUCACUAGACCCUGAUCACUCAAUACAGAGUAGCAGUUAGUGGGAGAGGACAGGAUCGAGGCAUGGAGGAAUCAAAAAGCCCAUUAAAAUCAGUCAAGUCCUCUCGCAACGAGGCCAAGGGAGCCAAAGCUUCAUCCUCUGCCAGCUCCAGGCCCCUGAAAGAGGCUCCAGUCCAGAGAGAGUGCCCCAAGCCUGCCACUGCCUGUCGGAGCAAGGAGAACAUCACCACAGCCAGGGAAGACCAUAAGGACCAAGGCAGUAACUGUGGGACAGGCACAGGCAGAGCCUCCACUGCCAGCCCUCAUGACCCAGGGAGAGGGAAGCCUCGUAGGCCAACUGGUAGGACCAACUCUGGGGAGAGGGGGAAGGUGAGACUUGAAGACCAGCGGCAGCAGAGGGUUGAUGCUAGGCCCUCGUUGGUUACAGGACGCAGCCCGGCUGGUGUAGGUGGAGACACAGGAGCCACAGGUAUGGUGGCCACUUCAUCUGAAGAAGGCCUUACUUUACAGACCAAGACAAGUCCAUUGAAGUUGAAGUCACCGGGUGAGAAGGCUAGUGCUGUGGUGGGCACAGGGCAGCCUGCAUUGGAGGUCACUGUGGUGGGGUCAGGGGUCAACCAGCGUGGUCAGGGUAGAAACAUGACCUCUGAGCAGAAGCUGGGUCUCAGACAGGCUGAGGAGCGCCUCUACAGAGACUACAUACACAGACUGGUCAAGCCGUCUCCUGAAUACCCUAACUUCCAGUAUCUAUGCAAGCUGUGUUCUGUACACAUUGAGAACAUACAGGGGGCACACAAACACAUCAAGGAGAAAAGACACAAGAAGAACAUCAUGGAUAAGCAGGAAGAGAAUGAGCUGCGGGCGCUGCCUGCCCCCUUCCCAGCCCAGCUCGGAGCCGUUGACGCAGCCGUCCUCCGGGCGGCCAACCAACACGGCAUCUCAGACCAGGACUUCCUGGUGCGACAGGAAGUGGUCGACAGGAUGGAGGAGAUCAUACAGCAGCACCUCUCAGUUUGCUCCCUUCGGCUCUACGGCUCCUGUCUCACCCGAUUUGCCUUCAAGACAAGUGACAUUAACAUUGACGUCACCUACCCCUCCACUAUGACCCAACCAGAUGUGCUGAUACUAGUACUGGAAAUCCUGAAGAACAGCACUGAAUAUUCUGAGGUGGAGUCUGACUUUCACGCCAAAGUUCCGGUAGUGUUUUGUAGAGAUGUCAACAGUAGGUUGUUGUGCACGGUGAGUGCAGGUAAUGACGUAGCCUGCCUCACUACCAACCACCUGGCUGCCCUGGCUAGACUGGAACCCAGACUGGUGCCUCUGGUCCUGGCCUUCCGCCUCUGGGCUAAGUUGUGCCACAUUGACUGCCAGGCGGAAGGGGGUAUCCCCUCCUACUCCUUCUCUCUCAUGGUCAUCUUCUUCCUCCAACAACGCAGGGACCCCAUCCUCCCUGUCUACUUCGGCUACUGGAUUGAAGGCUUUGACGUGAAGCAUGUGGACGAGUACCAUCUGACGGGGAUAGAGAUGGAUAUAUUUGUGGGGUGGGAGCACAGAUCCCCCAGUACAGAGGGACGGGGGGACGGCAGGGGGGAAGGACGGAAGGCCAAGUCUGAGCAAAAGAAACCUGAUGUGAAGAACCGGCAUGUAGCGGGGAAGACGCGUCUAUCCCUGGACCUGGGUAAGGGUGUUUCCCUGGGCCAGCUGUGGCUGGAGCUGCUGAGGUUCUACACGCUGGAGUUCGCCCUGGAGGAACACAUCAUCAGCAUCCGCCUCAAAGAACUUCUCUCUCGAGAGAUGAAGAACUGGCCCCGACGCAGGCUGGCAAUCGAGGAUCCGUUUGCCCUGAAGAGGAACGUCGCACGCAGCCUCAACAGUCAAAUGGUCUUUGAGUACAUCCAGGAGCGCUUCCGCACCGCCUACAAAUACUUUGCCUGCCCGCAGAGCAAGGACCGAAACACCGUGGAGCAGCAGAGAGGCAAGAAUACAACCAAACAUGGGGGCAUGAAGCAGGAGGAAGGCGAAAGAAAGGGUGGAGAAGACGGGUCUGAGAAGAGUGGAGGUGGACAGGGCGAUGGGAAUGAAGGGAAAAGUCAGAGCUCUGAGACAGGUCAGAAGGAGGAUGGUGAGAGUGAUGAAGAGGAACGGGCUGAGCGGACUCAGGAGAAGGAGGAGAGGGCAUUGAAUGGCGGGCUUAUGGACUUGGUCCUUAGUGGGGGGGGGACUUCAACGGAUGGGGCUGUAGCGGAGCCUGGCACCACUCUGGAGCCUUCCUCCGCCUCAACCCACAACGGCCUACUGGAUAGGGAUGAAGAGGAGGAGAACCAUGUGUCAGAGAAGCAGGGACACAUUGCACCAGAGGACCUGCACUAUAUCUUUGACAGAAUGAUCUUCACUGGCGGAAAGCCUCCUACAGUCGUGUGCAGUACAUGUAAGAGAGAUGGCCAUCUGAAGGACGAGUGUCCUGAGGACUUCAAGAAGAUCGAGCUCAAACCGCUGCCCCCCAUGACCGACCGCUUCAGAGACAUCCUGGAUGGCCUUUGUAGACUCUGCUACCAUGAGCUGUCCCCUUCCCCUGGAGAGCAGCAGAAGAGAGAGCAGAUCCUGGGUAGUCUGGAGAGGUUCAUACAAAAGGAGUACAAUGACAAUGCCCAGCUGUGUUUGUUUGGUUCCUCGAAGAACGGCUUUGGCUUCCGUGACAGCGACCUGGACAUCUGCAUGACCCUGGAGGGCCAUGAUACAGCAGAGAAGUUGAACUGCAAAGAGAUCAUCGAAGGCCUAGCCAAGGUGCUAAAGAAACACACAGGUCUGAGGAACAUCCUGCCUAUCACAACAGCCAAAGUGCCUAUUGUGAAGUUUGAACACAGACAGAGCGGACUGGAGGCAGACAUAAGCCUCUACAACACUCUGGCUCAACACAACACCAGAAUGCUGGCUACCUAUGCUGCCCUAGACCCUCGCGUGCAGUUCCUGGGAUACACCAUGAAGGUGUUUGCGAAGCGCUGUGACAUAGGUGACGCGUCCAGAGGAAGUCUGUCAUCCUAUGCCUACAUCCUCAUGGUGCUCUACUUCCUGCAGCAGAGACAGCCCCCUGUCAUCCCUGUUCUCCAAGAGGUCUUUGAUGGACAUUCUGUACCGCAGAGGAUGGUGGAUGGUUGGAAUGCCUUCUUCUUUGAUGACAUUGAGGAACUGCGUCAGCGUCUGCCAGAGCUUCCGCAGAACCGCGAGACUGUGGGGGAGCUGUGGCUGGGCCUGCUCAGGUUCUACACUGAAGAGUUUGACUUUAAGGAACUCGUCAUCAGCAUCCGCCAGAGGAAACGACUCACCACCUUCGAGAAGCAGUGGACCUCCAAGUGCAUCGCCAUCGAAGAUCCCUUCGACUUGAAUCACAAUCUUGGUGCUGGAGUUUCUCGCAAAAUGACUAACUUCAUCAUGAAGGCCUUUAUCAACGGCAGGAAGCUGUUUGGUACUCCUUUCUACCCCCAGCCUGGCAUAGAGGCGAACUACUUCUUUGACUCCAAGGUGCUCACGGACGGGGAACUUGCACCUAAUGACAGGUGCUGUCGGAUCUGUGGCAAGAUCGGUCAUUACAUGAAGGACUGCCCCAAAAGACGCAGGUACACAGGGAGAGAACAUCAGGGGAUGAAGAAGAAGGAGAAUGAAAAAGAGGAGGAUGUCAAGGAUGGAGACGAUCAUGAGCCUCGGGAGCGUCGCUGUUUCCAGUGUGGUGAAAUUGGUCAUGUACGGCGGGACUGCCCAGAGCACCGCCACCUUAGACAGAAAGCCGCAGGGGGACCAGUUUCCCACAUAGUGCGAGCCAUGGCAAGCUCCCAGUCCAUCCCCAUCCCCCAACCUCCCCAGGACCUCCCUGGACGCUCCAGACAACCUUCCGAAUGUUCUGAUUCCCGCCAGACUCCGCCCUAUUCCCCUCAGCCCACCCUGUUCUCCCAGGGUUCGAGCCAAUCCUCCAGCUCCCCCCAGCCCUCCUCUUCCAAGACCUCCACCUCCGCUGGAGGGGUACCCCACAAGCAGCCCCAACAUCCCCAGGUUCCCCUCUCUCUCUUUAGCUUCCCUCCCUCCCACCCAAGCCAGUACCACCACCCUGGAGCUCUCACUGCUCUGGGGCUACUGCCGUCCCACCACAACCAGCACCAAUCACACCUGUCCCAGGGACACCAGGCCCAUCACCAACCUCACCACCCCUCCACCUCCUGGCCCAUCCAUGGCCCCGUCCUCCAGACCUCCAGUGGCCCUGAAGGGCCCUCCCCGCCCGGCCUAAAAUUCUCCUUACGCCAGGCCCCCGGGCAAGGGAAUGGGAACACAGGCCCAGGGGGGUCUCCGGUGGGUGGCAGCCCCAUGAACCUCAAUGACCCCAGCAUCAUCUUUGCCCAGCCGGCGGGGAGGCCCAUGGGGUUGGGAGGAGGGCCGGGACUGGACGGGCACUGGCACAACCACCUGGCACAGCAAGUGGCACUGGUGGCUAAUGGCACUGUGGGCAAGUCAGAUCCGGGCUACCAGACCCAGUUUGGGGGGGUGAGUCAGCAGGGCUCUAGGAAUUGGGAGCACAGCAACGCAUCCCACUACUCCCAGUCCCCGUCCUGGCCCUACCGCAUGCCACAGAAAUUCAUCCAGCAGGGCAACGGGUGCUACCCACAACCCGGCAAGCCCGUCAUGUCCCAGAGUUCUGUGGUGCACCCCAGUCAGCAUUUCCCGCUCCUCCCCCACGGACGACGACAUGUCAACCUCAAUUACAUCCAACAGAAGAAAUGAACUUUGAAUUCUAAACUCUGCUCCCAUAGCAUAUCCAUUCAGUUAGGUUUUAUGGUCCUUCACCAUGACAAAACAAAAACGAUAUAAUCGAAAAUUUGCAUAAUUUGGUCACACUACUUUUUAAAUGAAUUUGAUCAUUUUUGUA